AUGGGUGCCAUGCGAUUGCCAUUAGACGUACAUAGUAUGCUGAACACUUAUAUUCGUGAAAGAUUGCAGCUGGAAUUAGAACCUUAUAUCAACUACGAUCCUGAUACAUUGGUCUACAUAAACGAUGUGCUCACCACUCGCAAACAAGCCAAUGACAAUCCUGGUCAAUUCAAUUUCAAUCUCUAUCCCAAUGAGACUAACAAGUCAGCGUCAACCUUAUGGAAUAUUGCAGUGAAGCCUAUUACUGAUCUUUUCUAUGCUGACCGUUGGAAAGAAGCGGUCGAGAAAUGGGAUGGUUACAGUAUCGAACGAUAUCUCCUUGAAGUGGCACAUUUGUCACCAGAUGCUAUACGGUUUGUUUCAUUAUUAACAAAUCUGGAAACGAGUUUGUAUACAGCUAUCCUUGACAAUGUAUUGUUACAUCUUAUUAUCAAUGAUGAAACAACAUUUUAUCAUAUCAAAGGUGGAAACUCUGGUUUUACUGAUGCGCUCGUGCGAAGCUGUCAAGCAGUGCCUGAUGGUCGAUGUUCAAUCCAUUUGUCGACACGGGUCACGGCAAUUGAGUUAGGAAACGGUUCAGCGACAGUGACAUAUGGUUCAUCAUUCACUACUUUAUCUCAAAAUGCAAGUGAGACAUUCGAUCAUGUAGUUAUAGCAACAACGGCAACUGCUGCCUCUCUACUCGACUUGAAACCGCGCCGCCGUUUUAUAGACACUUACUAUGCUCUAAGACAAUUGCACUACGACUGUGCUAGCAAAAUAGGUCUCUAUUUCACACGACAAUGGUGGCGCAACAUAGGUAUUGACGGAGGCUUCAGUACUAGCGAUUUGCCUAUACGUACAACAAUAUACUUCAGCUUCCCGCCCGCUCCUUCACCUGCAACGUUACUUGCAUCAUACGCUUGGUCUCAGGAUUCGAUUGUAUGGUCAACCGUACCUGAAGAUACAGCUAUUGCUAUGGCUCUAACAGAUGUACAACAACUGCAUACUAAUAUCAACAUCAGUCAAUACUUUGCUGGUGGUAUCACUAAACAUUGGUGUCAAGAUCAAUAUACACAAGGUGGUACUUUUGCUCAAUAUGCUCCGUAUCAACAGACUAAACUGAAAGAUCUACUUGCUGCGUCAGUAGAUAAUGUACACUUCACUGGAGAGCACAUUUCUAGUGCACACGCUUGGAUCGAAGGUGCAAUUUUAUCAGCUCUUCGCUUGCUCAUGCAAAUUCAAGAGGAGUCAUUUGAUGCGGCUAUCGUCGGUGAUGAUCUAAUAUCACUAAUCACAGUUUUACAAAUCGCUGAAUUGCAGCCUACUUGGCGCAUUGUUCUUUUAUCUGCAGCUCCGAGUGACAAUCAUAUGGAUAACAAUAGCGACGAAGAAUUGAGUCGAUUUCGACCGAAUGAUGCCGCUAUUACUCAAUCUAUAGUACUCUGGCGUGCACUUGAAGCGAAAGCUAACGUAUCCAAUGGUACUUUCCUGAAUCUCACCAAUGGUUAUUUGUUGCUUACUGAUGAAAACAGUACAUGUUCAAAUAAUUGUCAAGAAUUAGAUGCUGUUCAGAUUGAGGCUCAAUUUGGAUUUCAUAAUAUCUCACGUGGUCUGUUUUAUUCAUCAGGUGGCUAUGUCAAUAUCACGGCUGCGCAUCACACACUGAUCCAACUAUUAGAAAAGAUUCCUAAUGUAGUUACUCGUAGUAAUGAAUACUUUGUGGGUCUUGAUACGCGUGUAUCCAAUUCGGCUGAUCAUGUUCGAUUAAUUACGAAUCGAGGUAGUCUCAAUGCAAGUAGACUGGUGUUGAUACCUGGUCCAAAUGGAAACAAUGUCUCUAAAAAGUUCAAUUUUCACUUGAACUUACGUCUAUGGGAACUACCGACCAUCACUUAUCGAGCGAAGACUUCUUCUUUUCGUCAGUUACCUACCUGGGCAUAUGAUAAAUCAUUCAUUGGACUGCCCCUUAUGGCAUCGAAUGAUGUGAGAAUUUCACCAGCUGUCAGCUCAAUCUCAACACAAUUAUUUACCGAUCCUAAUCAACUGACAUACGUUCCUGAUCCUCUUCUGAUCCCACGUACCACUACAUGGGUAAUUGAUCAUCUUUCAUCCAAAGUCAACUCAAGUGAUUACUAUGUUUUAUCGAAAACUCAUAUCGCCACAAGACUGCUAGCAGGUGAUGUUCUAGAUCGUUUACCGCCAUGCGCUCGUUAUAGAAGUAAAACAUUUAUCUAUGCUGGUGGAUCCGUUGAUGGUAGCACAUCACCAUUGACUCCCGUAUGGGCGGUCAUGUUGACUCAACUUGUUCUAGGAACAUCAAACAAUUCCAUCUACAACGAUCUAUUUUCCAGUAUGAAUGCUGAAAAGUUGACUUGCGAGACACGGUCAUUUUGA